AUGGCCCAAACAAGCCAGCGAAGGAAGCGCCAGGCAGAAGAAGUUGAAGAGGAAUACCAAGAACCACCUUUCAAAAGAAGUCGCGCGGAGGAUAUUGCCUACUUCCAGUGGCUAUGGACACCACCUCGCCCGUCAUCACGGAAAACCUCCUCAUCGGGUCUAUGGAGCCACUCCGUCCCAGAUGGCCUAUUCCUUACCCGUCAUGACGCGCCCCGUUCCUUUUCUUUACCCCCGGAAUCCACAUCAAGACGGCCUCGUCGCCGGGGCGCCAUCUCUGUGACAUCCUCGUCACCCGGCGAGAUGGAUCGAUACCUCGCGCGGCAACUACAGCAGCAGAUCGCCGUCCUCCGACGCAAGGCAGCCGAGGGCCAGCAUCAAGUACAAGACGAGGAUCGCUGUGAAGAUGACGGCGAUGAUGAUAACAAUGCCCACAACGAAAGGGACGUUGAUCGCCUACAACGUGAACUAGAGGCCGUGCAGAUCGACGCUUCCCUACCGUCUAUCCCAGGCAUCGCGAUAGACUUUGAUCAUAAGCUUUGCCUCAGUUCCUCCGGUCGUUCAUCAGAUUCCACCUCUGGGCAUCGAGUUCGCCCGCGGGCGUGGAUGCCGCAACCUCCUCAUCCUCUCCACUAUCCUCCUCUCCCACGUGCUGCCGGCUCUGGGCAUCGAAUAAAGUCAACUCAGCAACCGGAGAUACGAGCCCGACUACUCGGCAACACACCCUCGUCAACACCUGCGGUAAAAGUAGUCGAGGCAGAAAAGCUGUCGGCAAUGAUGGUCUUUUGUGGAGGCGGCCUCGAACUUGAGACCAAACUCUCUGUUGCCAAGCUUCGAUCCAACACACCAGCAAGACACACAGACACCAGACCACCCACCCUCUUUCUCCCUGUCUCACUCAUCGUAUGGCGGAAGAAGCGGGCGAUUACUGACGACCUCCGUCUCUCGUCUUGCAUGAAUGUCAUACCAUCAUAA